AUGGCCUCUUUGCUUUGUUCGCAAAUAAAAUUCAGCAAAACAUUUGUUAGGGUGAGGGUUCAUGACAACGGACAAAUCAGUUUGUCAAGGUCUCUUCAUUGGAACCCUUUGCAAUCAGGCCAUUUUGAAAAUCUUGUGUUGCGAUGCACCAAGAAUUUGUCUUGGGAGUCCUCUCUUCCAUAUGCUUCUGCGGAGGAUGAUGCUAGCAUUAUCAAGGGAACAAAUGUUAUUGAACCUAUUGAUACAGAAGAAGCCCCAGAGAUUCCGAUCCUCCAGAGUGAUCAAGAUGUCGUGGAGGUGAAAAAUGAACCUUCUGUGCAGAAAAUGGCAUUCAAACUGCCAAUGUGGCUAUUAGGGCCUUCAAUUCUGUUGGUUACGGGUAUAGUUCCUUCUUUAUGGCUGCCACUAUCUUCAGUAUUUCUUGGUCCUAACAUUGCUGGCUUUCUAUCUCUAAUUGGACUUGACUGCAUUUUUAACAUGGGAGCAAUGCUGUUUUUCCUUAUGGCCGAUGCAUGUGGGCGUCCAGGGAACACUAUUUUCGACCUCAAAAGGCAGAUUCCAACUUCUUACAGGUCGUGGAAUCUGGCUGCUAGCAUACUAGGCUUCCUUGCUCCUUUGGCCCUGCUUUUUGCAUCUCGUAGGGGCACUCUGCAGCCACAGCUACCAUUCAUUCCAUUUGCAGUGCUGCUUGGGCCAUAUCUUUUACUCCUAUCAGUACAGAUGUUGACUGAGAUGCUUACUUGGCACUGGAAAUCACCGGUAUGGUUGGUGGCUCCUGUUGUUUAUGAGGGCUAUCGAGUGCUCCAGUUGAUGAGAGGUCUUCAGUUGGCUGACGAGAUCAGUGCACCUGGUUGGAUGGUGCAAAGUCUUCGUGGCUUGGUAUCUUGGUGGGUAUUCGUCCUUGGAAUCCAAUUGAUGCGCAUUGCUUGGUUCGCUGGACUCAGUUUUGCUAGGAAUUCAAGUUAUGGAGUAAGCGAUGAUAUGAACCAGUAAAUAAGACAAGAAAUGUUUCAGGUGUGUUUUUUUUUCCACUCGUGCUACUUCCAACCGCAACAAUGCUCUCCAUGUCAAUGGAGGUUCAUCUGUAAUUGUCGGACUCCAUGCGGGAUUGCUGAGUACAGAAAGGCCUGAACAUUGUUGAAUACCUGCUUGCCCUGGGCAAUGUUUGGUAUAUAGUUCAGCUGUUCUUAUGCACGAGCAGGAAUCAGGCUGCUAGAUACUUCGAAAUCUGUAACUAUUAUAGUACAGGAACAAUACAGGAACAAAACCAGUUUCCUGAGCAAGAUACUGAACACAGAAGCAUCACUGUGUAGGCUUUCAAAAAAGAAACAUUAUUGUUAAAGAUAUAUUUUCCUUCAUAUAAUAUAUACCCUUUACAUCA